AUGACGACCUCACAGUCUGGAAAAGGCACCAAGACGGUGUUCACCUUGAACACCGGUGCGAAGAUGCCAGGUAUCGGCCUGGGAACCUGGCAGUCAAAGCCCAAUGAAGUUCGCGAAGCAGUCAAGCACGCGCUCCUCACCGGCUAUCGUCACAUCGAUACCGCCCUUGCCUAUGGCAAUGAGUCAGAGGUCGGUCAGGGCAUCAAGGACUCUGGUGUUCCCCGAAGCGAAAUCUGGCUUACCACGAAAUUGGACAACACUUGGCACAAGCGUGUCCGGGAAGGCAUUGACUCCUCGUUGAAGAGCUUGGGAACCGAUUAUGUCGAUUUGUACCUUAUGCACUGGCCCAGCUCGACAGUGGAUGAUGAUAAAAGAGACAAGCAUGAGGAAGGCUGGACCUUUGUGGAUACCUGGCGUGAAAUGCAGAAGCUUUUGGAUACCGGCAAAGUCAAGAACAUCGGCGUGUCAAACUUCGUCAUCUCCAACCUCGAGAAGCUUCUCAAGGACCCAUCGUGCAAAGUCGUCCCUGCUGUCAACCAAAUCGAACUCCACCCCAACAUGCCUUCCCCAAAGACAUUGGCAUACUGCAAAGAGAAGGGUAUUCACUGCACAGCAUACUCGUGCUUGGGCUCAACCGACUCCCCACUCGCACAUGACAAGACUCUGCAAAAGGUUGCCGAAGCAAAGGGCAAGAGCCCCCAGCAAGUGCUGCUCGCAUGGGGUCUUCAAAGAGGAACAUCUGUUAUCCCGAAGAGCGUCACCAAGUCGAGAAUCGAAUCCAACUUUCAGAUUGAUGGAUUGGAGUUGACCUCCGAAGAGAUGCAAACGCUGAGCAGCAUCCCAGACCGAUUCAAGGUUUGCGGAGAUUCGUGGCUGCCCAUCAAGGUCUUCUUCAAUGAGGAGGGCGAUGGCGGAAAGUCACCAUCCCAUUAA